AUGCAUACGGAACCAAAAAUUACUUUCAGCAAUCUAUAUAAACAUAAUCAAUCCAUAUUGUCACCCGAUGCAUCCUAUGUCGCCAGUGUCGUAGAUCACUACCGUCUCGUUAUUCGCAGCCAUACAAUCGCGCUUACCAUUUUACACGUGUUUGAAUGCGUCGAUCCGAUCCAACAAUUAAAAUGGUCACCUAAUUCGAAAUAUAUAAUGACAGUCAAUCAUGAUCGAUCGACUCUACAAGUUUGGUCGUUGAUUGAUGUUCAUUGGCGAGCCAAGAUCCGGGAUGAAUCGCUCAGGAUGCAUCGCGUGUGGUGGAGCGCUGAUUCUUCAAGUAUACUUUGCAGUGAUGAGUUCAAGUUACGAAUAUCAGUAUGGAUGCUGGCCGACCAACAAGUCAGGUACAUUCGUUAUCCAAAAUUUGUUGACAAAGGGUGUGAAAUCAGUCCGGACAAGAAUUAUGUCGCGAUCGUCGAGAAUCGUCAGGGCAAGGAUGGUAUCGGUAUCUAUACGUGGUCUGCUAGCGCAAUAUUCAAGCAUAUUGUAACAGAUACAAACGAUUUGUGUAAUAUCCGAUGGUCCCCCGAUAGUCAGUUCUUGGCAGCAUGGGACAAUUGCUUAUAUUAUAAAUUGCUUGUGUAUGGAGUGGACGGUUCUUUACACGCGUCAUACCAGGCUUAUGAACAUGGUCUUGGCAUCAAGAGUAUUACAUGGAGUCCGGAUUCGAGUUUGUUGGCUGUGGGUAGCUACGAUCAAAAGGUACGCAUAUUACGGACAAGUGAUUGGAAACCUAUCAUCGAGUUUUUCCAUCCGUCGACAUUGGAUCAGAAGUUUCAAAAAUCGGCACUAGUCUACCAUCAAGAUGGAUCUGCCAAGUUUCCUGCAGUAUCAUAUCAUCCUGUUUUAAAACGACCAUUUAAUAUACCCAUAUUGCGACCCGAGUACAACACUCCUUAUCCCAAGAUUGGUGUUGGGUAUUGUCAAUUUAACGCGAACGGGAAGUUUCUAUGUACUCGAGACGAUAGCAUGCCUACAGCAUAUUGGAUUUGGGAUAUCAGCCAGGUAGAAUGUUGCAUGAUCGUGCUACAACAGCAGGCGGUGAAGCAGCUGGCAUGGCAUCCACGCGAUCCUUAUACUUUGGCUGUCACCUGCGGCAACCAGCAUGUUUAUUUGACUACUCAACGUGGCUGUGACGGGUAUAUUGACGGCAACAACAACAACAACAACAACAACACUAACCAUAAUAAUGAUAAUGACGGUGACGGUGGCGGCGGCGGCGACGACGAUGACGACCACCGCAACCCAUUUGAGCUGGGUCUGGUGCCCGUUCCUGCAGCUGACUUUGUCGUGCGAAAACUGAGUUGGAGCCAGGAUGGCGAAUCAUUGUUAUUGAUAGAUACUGGAUUGUAUUGUCUCGCCCAACGGCAAAAACAAAAUGUAUAA